AUGCCACGCAACGAGCAGGUCCUUUCCGGAGACCAGAUCCACGAGGCCGCCGAGAAUCUGCUCGCAGAAACCGCCGAAUUCAUCGAAUUCAUGGUGGAAUUUGGCCGGCCCAACGUCAAGGUGCCUCAAUUCUUCGUCAUCGCCUUCAACUACUUGCGUCGACAAGCGGCUCAACUCGGAAUCCGUGAGCCGCUGCUCGAGUCUCUGCCCGCCGCCGUCGAGAUGAUCCUGGUCGCGGAGGCCGGCACCCCACUCGCCGGAACCCUGCCGUUCGCCGAUGCCGAUGGAAUGCUCGUGGAACCGUCGUCCGAUGGAACCGUUCUCUCCGAUGCCGUUGGACUCAUGGCCGACGUCGUCGAGUAUUGUCGGAAUUGCGCUCGGAUGUCCGGACGACUUCCACUGCUGCCCUUCGGAUACAUCCUCUCGCUGCUGUCGCUUCAGGAGACGUACCUCGUGGAUCGGAACUCUCACGACUACCGAAUAGUCGACAGUAUCCCCGACACUCUUCAAGGGUAUUUGGCUCGAACUUUGGGGAACCUUGUGCCGCCGGGGUAUGUGCGCGGAGCCGUUCCACCCUAA